CGCAGUUAAGUGGUGCUUGAUCGACAACUCGAUCUGCUGAAUAUUUACCAUGAUACAAGAGGAGAAAUCAAAAGAUGUUAGAUCCGGAGAAGAGAACAAACCACUUUCAAUAGACAAAUUGGUUGAUGGGUCCGGCGAAUUGAAAUCAGGAGAAGAGAGAAGAGCCGGGGAAAGUGCGAUGGCUUCGAAGGAAGUUCCAAAACCUGAAUCAAAGUCUGAAGAAGGAAAGUUGAGUUCUGACGAAAAGGUGAAACACAGUUCCGAAGAAGGAGUAAGAAAAGAAGAUGGUAUUGAUAAAACGGGAAAAAUAAGUGAAAAAGAAAGGCAGGAAAAAGAAAAGAAUUCAGGUAGUAUUUUGCAAAUGUCAAUUUUAAUUGCUGUUAAUUUGUUGGACUACAUCGAUAAAUUUACACUAGCAGGAGUUCUGUCCGAUGUACAAGCAUUUUAUGGUAUUAAUGAUGCCCUGGGUGGCUUACUGCAAACUGUUUAUAUAGUAUGUGCUAUGAUAAUCUCGCCGGUUUGGGGGUUUUUGGGAGACAGAUAUAACAGAAAGUAUUUAAUGACAGGCUGUUUGGUUCUUUGGACAUGCACAGUUCUCCUUUCUACCUUUGUUCCGAGCACUAUGUUCUGGUUAUUUGCGUGUAGUCGCGGUGUGAUAGCUUUUGGACAAACAUGCUACACGGCUUUGGCACCUUCUGUUAUUGGCGAUCUCUAUGCUGGUGGUAGCAGAAGUCGCAUGCUUAUGCUGUUUUAUUUUGCAAUUCCAUGUGGAAGUGGUCUCGGUUUUAUGAUCGGUGGUAGUGUAGCAGCUUUCGCCGGACAUUGGCGUUGGGGAGUAGGAAUCACGUUUGUACUCGGUAUAGCUUGCACUGCAUUCAUGGUCAUUUUUUUGAAAGAGCCUGAAAGAGGCGCUGCAGAAAAAAGGCAAGGCGAAACUUCAAAAAUGUUUGCAGCUACCACUUUCUUUGAAGAUCUUAGAUCUCUCUCCACAAAUUUAACCUAUAUCCUCGUAACCGCAGCAUACACCGCGAUUCUAUUCACAGUUGGUACCUUGUCAUGGUGGACUCCAACGACAAUAGUUCACAAUGAGGCGCACCAAAUGGGUUUAAAUCACACACACUUAUUGCCGACCAGUCAAAAAGAUAGAUAA